UAGGCCUGUAGAGGUCGCAGAUUUGAUCAUUUGCAGUUGAUGCGUUCCAGAGGCUAAACGGCGUGUAAAUCGCCGAAAUGGCGAGUCAUACGAGUUGGCGAAUCGACGACAUGGAUGGCGGACUUGAUGGUGGGCUGGCCUCGGAACUGUUAAAUCUUUCUGGCUUGGGCAAUGAAUUUGGAACAGAUGGAGCAUAUAACAUGAGGUACCAAAACUAACAUGCCACCACAUACAAAAAAACCUACAAUACUUUUUCCAUUGGCUUGGAAAUAGUAUUGGCUUGUACAUGCAAAACAGGUGAAAGCAAGACCGUAAAACCAAUCAUCAGCGUUUACAUAGGAGUUACAUGUGUGUUCCUCAGCCUAAUAGAUCAGUUGUUAAGUAAUAAAAAACCGUGGAGAUUCAGAGUGAAAAGUAUCACCUUUUCAUUGAAAUGUUUGAUGUGUGGACUUAGGUAAUUUAAAAACUGUCGUGAUCGUUAUGGCUUGUAUUAUUUCCGAGGUCCUUUUGUCAUUUGAUACGUUGUAUCUUUCCUUACGUUUGUUUCCUUCGAUCAGCUGUGAACUGUGAAUGUAAAAUUUCCCUUAAAAGUCAGAAGGUAUAAACUUUACUUUCUUCACACCAUGUGUGGAAACGUCCUGUUUUUCACCUUCAAGUUUCUCUCCCCUUUUUUUGUAUCCAUCAUGUUUUUUCAGGGGGUGGGGGAGGGGGUUAGGAGGGGAAAUGUGUAUUUUUUUGGGAACGAUUCCCUUUUGGGGUUAAUAGCCAAAUUGAGACACAUUUCAUCGCAUUUCAAAAACCCAUGGCUGGCAGAACUCUUCUGUGAAAUGAGAGGCUAAGAUUUUCACUCAACGUUCGCCUCAAUUUUUGCAGUUAUUCAGUAGCCGAGAAGCCAAAUGGCAUGUAGAAAUAUUGUUAAAGGUACCAACUGUCAAAAUUUGUUGCGAUAAUCAUUUCUUGAUCACUAACAGCAUUGUAAAUGUUUCCUGUGUCGCCAGCCACUUUUCACCAUUUUCAAAGAACUGCCGUGAUGAGCAUAUCCAUGGUCGGGGGCUGAAACUAGCCAGGUGAAUGGCUCAAACAGUCUACUCCCUGUUUGCCAAAUUUGGUAGCAAUCAGAAGUAAAACAAAUUUUUUAGAAUUUUUUUUUUAUGUUGAUCUAUAGAGAUCGAUAUUUAUAGGACCUGUGGGAAAUGAGUUAAGACAAAACCUACGUUUGUGUCCUGGAUUCAUUACAAUUUGCACACAGGUUUAAUUGAACUUACAUCUUUGAAUUAGAUUUUAAAAGUUGGCUUUGCAGUUGAUUACUCUGCACCUUCACAUCCUGUUCAAAGCUUCUGGUCCAGAAAGACACCCGGUUCAAGACAGUAAAUUUUUGAAAUAGUCCAGUUUUGAGUUCGCUAUGACUGCUGAAUUAAAGAAGUGAAGAUGCAUUUUUUACAGGCUUAGCCUCCAUCUGAAGUUAUGUAUUUAUAAAUUCCAACUAGAAAAAUACCUGUUUAUUAUUCUGUCUAUUGUGUAUAUUCAAAUUUCAAACACUCAGUUGCCAGAAUUUCUGAAUAUUUUACUUUACGUCGAGGCUAAACCCUGCAUGAAUGUGACAUUAAUGUUUGCAUUCAGCUGUAAUUUUUAAUUAGAAACUGAACUAUUGUAUACAGUACCGUGUUUAAUAAUCAGACCCGUAAAAGAGUAUUGUUUUUGGUUAUUAAGGCGAGGUGAGGGUGUACCCCUUCCCAAGGCCGUGCUCUAAGGAAAAUAAACCUGAAGGGAACCCAGUACUCUGAAUCUGUGAAAUCUAGAGAGCCCAGCAUAUAUUUUGUAUGAAAAAAUAAGAUUUUCUAGUAACCCGAGUGCAAAAGUUAGGCAUGAGGGGCGACCAGGCUCUGUUAGAGCACGGACCUGCCUUCUCCAUGAGGGGCACUGGGUGGUAGGUCAGAGAUGUUUUUUCAAAGAUGAUCUUGUUGUUAAGUUGUGAUGCAAUAAGCCCUUGACGUUAUUUGUUUGUUUUCACAGUGAUGUUCUUAACUUGCCCAUUUUUAAGGAUGAACCUUCAGCAGUCUUUCAGAAUAUGGAAACCAUAGAUCUGGACUCUUCAGCUGAGUAAGUGUACUUCAUUUAAACAACAAAGUAUAGAGUGUGAUUAUCUAGAGUAUCAAGUGUGAUGUAAUGAAUAAGUUUGUCUGUUAAAGUGGUCAUGGUAAAAUGCUAUACACCUGUUCUACAAGCAGCAGGUUCAUUUUUUAUUGUCUUUGUACUUCAAAUAGCCGUGGAUAUGUUGUCUGCUGCUUGACAAGUGUUACAGCUUUUGGCCUUUACCUUACAGGCGAAAUUCAACAGCAUUUUCUCACUGUCCAGCUCUUUUCAGGUGUUUUUGGUUUAAUUUUAACAAAGCAUCAGAAACACCGUACCCAACAAAAUAGUUUGUUUGGGUUAAGGCAUCUAUAUUUGCUCAUACUGAAAGCUGUCAUGUGACAUGCCAUAUUUAAGUGACCCUCUGAUUUUGUCCAAAUAAAAAGGGGUAUGCUCUCUGCCUUUCUGACAUGGCUUGUAGCAUGUACCAAGUCAGUCACACACUGCUAAAAACUAUCCAGCUGUGCCAAUAAUGUCAGCAGUUCAAACAACUUUGUACAAGUUAGUUACAUACACUGUAUUUAAACCCAUUGACAAUAUGGGUGUGGGGAAGAUGCCUGAUAAAACCAAAGGGAGCUGCAAGCGUGCCUAGAAGGUAACCAUGACAACCCUGUGAGCCACACCCACCCGGCACCAUCACACUGAGAACCUGAGUGGAGAAAUGCAUAGAUACUUACCAAGAAAAACAUCCAAAGGGGAGGGGAGGGAGAACUGAGGGCAAAACAGCUUAAUAAAGCUAACUAUACUCAAAGGCAAUGUAAGCAAAAUGAUUGACUUCUGCGAAAGCGCUGUAAAAUAUUAUUACUAAAACCCUCCUUAAGCCCAAGACCACCCCACAUAUGAUAAGUAGUGGAGACCGCUGACGAGCAGUGUCUCAUGUUUAACCUUACCUAAAUUACAUUUAGCCACAUUUAAAAAACCACCUAUACCAGAAAGAAACCCGCUAAAGCAAAAGCAAAAACUGUGAGCCUUAGAAUAAACACUUUUAUCUUGGUCACACAUUAAGGACCAAAUACUGACCUUUAAAACCACUCAUCACUUUAGAAAACAGUGAAUUUUUUUGGAUAAUAGAUUAUUUAACAGUCAUUUCUUCCUUACUCUCUUCAGUUCCCCAUCUUCUUUCUAGACUCUUUUUCAAUUUGUGCAUGUCUGACAAGUAGUUUGCUUUUUGUAUAAUGCAGAAAAACAUAUAAUUAUAACACCAAGAGAGAAAACUGGUGUUCCAAUUGGGUACAUUUGAUUGGUAACUUCACAGGAUUUUUUCCACAGACUGAAAAGUUAGAACCAACUUAAAAUAUUAUUAUAAUCAUCAGAUUAUACCCUCCACGACAUGUUAUUCUUCUACAGUCUUUCUGAUCGCAUGUUAUUUCUGUUCUCAUUCUAUCAUAAAACAACCAGUUUAUUUAAACAGGGAUGGUAUCAAGUUUUAUAAAAUAAUGUAUAGUUAAAGGGGUACCCCUGCAUGUUAAAUGUAUGUUGUUGGACAUGAUGAUUUGGAAAGAACAGGGCACAGAUGUAUUGCCUGAAUGUUUAUCGGCAUAUUUUUAGUCUUUGCAGCCUUGUUUCCAAUAACCCUUUUUUCUCACUUAUGUCCAAUAAGAAUAUUUUCCUUUCAAAAUAUGGAUCUCUAUUCUUGUUUAGGGUGAAUGUAGAGGUUUCAUCUUCUUCUCCAAUGAAUUCCUCUAUGCAAUCAGUGAAACAGGAAGCGAUCAGGGCUCAGUCAUCACAGAUGUCAUCUGUUGGAACUUUGGAGAAUGGGUAGGUUCCAGAACCUUGCUGCUAUUUUCAGAACACUCGAACUCUGAAGUUCGAAAGCUGCCUUCACAGUUACGAUUUUCGCUGCUGUCAAUCACAAUUAUGAUCACAAGCAACGAACCUUCAAACACAGAAACACACAACACAAAACAAAUGGAAGUCCACUAAUCAUAUAUCAAAAAAUGCCUUUAAGAGGAAAAUAAAACAAACACUUUUUGAGAUCCUAGCUUCAGAAGACUGUUAUAUUGAUCUCCCAGAAAUCAUUCAAAAAGUUAAGCUGAAUUUAUUUUCCUCUUAGUUGAUAUGUAAUCAUUAAUAUCAUUUAGUGUAUCUCUAGUCAUUGUUGUCAAUUUAAGUUUCUUUAGUUCUCUUGUUACUUUUAGCUGUAUUUAGUUUAUUUUCUGUAAACAUGACCCGCCUAGAUUAGCUUAGCUACCCGCGGGCAUGUUAUUGUACUCUUACUUCAAAAUACAAUAAAAUAAAAUGUAUGUGUAUGUAAAUGUACUAUAACCUUUUGAACCCAUUGAACUAAACUUAUGUUUCCUAAGAGGUCCACUGAGAUGAUUGACGGCAGCAAAUAAUGCACACACCAGUUGGCUUUUGAACUUCAGAAUUUGCGUGUUUAUGAAAAGUGCAGUAAGUUAAUUCCCAAGAGCAACCAAAAUCAAUUUUCUCCUGACAAUGUGCAUACAUCAUCAAGAGCUGUGAGAAAUAAUAAAAUGAUCCACAUGCAAAGGCGAAAGGCUUUCAAUGAUCUUUUAUCAAAUGCUCAUAACUAAUUCUUAAAGGAAAUGUGUAGAGAUCAGUCUGGAGAAUUUGCAUGUGGAUAUUGGGGCUUAAAGGAAAGAGUCAAUUAAGGUUGUAGUAGCCUUGUCUCACAGUGGUUGCAGCAUUUCUUCAAUAACUCUUUGUUGAAUCAACUGGUGUUACAACAUUCACAGUAAUCACAUCGCGAUAUAGGCGCAAGUCUAACAUGCAAUUGAGGCUAUGAUGUGUCUCGGAUAAUACACAAUGACAUCAGAAUAUUUAUCAGUUCAAUGUAUAAAUAAACAGUUCAAUAACAAUGUUAUUUUUUAACACUCUUUGCAACAUCAAUAAUUCAUAAUUUAAAAAAAAACAUAUUUUAGCAUUGAUCCCUGAUAGUAACACUUGUUUUUAGAAUGGCAGAAAAUAGGCUGCAAACCAUAUUGAGCCAACUUGAAAAAUAAUAUGAAGACACGAUAAAUACAAUAAAAUAAUAGUCUUACGCAAAAGUUCUGCCCAAAGGGGAUUCAUUUGAAUGGUAACAACAUAGGAUUUCAUCCACAAAAUUUAAUGCAAAAGUUAGAAUGACAAUUGAGCUCACAACACCUUGACUCACUCUAUGAAUACAAGGGUCAUAAUUAUAAGCAGGUCUUUAUUUCGUCUGAUAUAUAAGAUGUCAAUUUUUAAAAAUUUUUUUAUUUAUACAAUUAUUAUUCAGCUCCAGUGUAUUUGCCAUCUCAAAUGGCAAUAAACUUACAGGCUUAAUGUUACUUGUGUGAUCAUAUUACAAAAAAGUAAGGCAUACAUGUGUUCUUUUUAAAACUAUAAGAGACCAUCUUCUUUUUAAUAUGUAAACACCAUGUUAAUCUCACUUUGGUUUUGAAAUGUUUUCAGUCAGAACUGUGGAUUCUUUCAUGUACUGAGAGCUCCAACGUCUCCAACAAAAAAGCUUGAAGAGGACUCACUCACAUAUUUGAAUCAAGGUACGUGUAUGGUGCAUGCUGAAGCUUCUAUUAGGGUAAUUCGUGAAGUAAUGUCGUCAAACAAGUUCCUGAGAGUAAGCUAGCAUGGUGGUGCAGUAAUAUGAGAGCACUUACCUUCCGCCCAUGUUGGCCUUUGUUCAAGUCCUGCUGAGUUAUUUCUCGUCCUUUGGCCAAGAGGUUUUUCCUCCUGUAAUCUGGUUCCCUCAUCCUUACUGUAGUUAUACAAAAAGGCAAAUCCAGCCACUUUGAAGUUCCUGUUUCCUCUUUCAAACUUGUCAUCCUAAAGUAACUAUAGGCAUUCUUUGUGUGGAAGUGCGAGGGAAGGGAUGGGAAAUGUAAUAAAGAAGUUAUUGUAAAAUAUCUUACAAAAUGUUCAUUGUCUGUUAAACUACAUAUUAGGACAGUCUUAUUUGGUGGAGUUAACAUGUGUUCCAACCAAAGCAGCAGAGUUUGAGGGGCUAUACAUUAAGGUAAGUUACCUUACCUCAGGUUUUCUACAUAUCUUGUGUUUUGUGGCAUACUUUUAUAAGCUCCUUAGUGAUACACAAGAUUUCAUACUAGCAGACAGGACGGUUUUUAAAAUUUCCUUUUCCAAAGCAGUUACUGAAUAAUCAGAACAAAAAUUUAUUAUAUCUAAUAUGUUGACUGUGAGUUAUGGGUGACCUGUAGUCCAGCUGAUCAAGCUAAAUUAAGUUAACUCCAUGCUAAAAACUACAUGAGUGUCGUUAUAUUGUAUUGUGUUGUAUUUUUGAACAGUUUCCUCUCCUCUGAUCUGGGCAAGUGCUUUGCUCUAACAGGCAUCUGUCUUCAGCAAAACUUGUCUGACGAAUUCUUGUUGCUCAGUGCAUUUAUGUAAAAUAGUGCAUUUGUGAAUAGUGAUAAAGUUUCUGUCAAGCUACAGUAUGUUAGUCUCAGUCAUCACCUUUUGUUAGAUUGUGUAGUUAUAUGGUUAAACAGCGGAAAAUGCUUUUUGUAAUAAUGAUGCUUUUUUACUUUGAAUUUACAUUAAUUUUCCAGAGUGUAGUCAAGCUUUGCUUUUAUGAAAGAAAACUUCAAGUGCAAGAAUCUGAAAAAUAUGAAGAAUGGAAAAGUAACAGGCCAGCAGAUAGAAUUUUGGAAAUAGGUAAAACAUAUUCUCAGUUAAUAAAAUGUAAUCCAAGAGGUUCUCAUCACACAAACACAGAAACACUGCACUUUUUACCACCCUAAAGCAGACACUUCCUGUGUCAGGAGCCAACAUACUGAAAAACCUUUUUUUCAUUCCUGCUAUACGCCUGUCCAUCUUCAGUUACAAAUUUCUGUUUAUUUGCCUCCGACUUUAAAAUUUGCAGAUGUUCCUAUGUCAAGUGGUAUUUACAAUAUCAGAAGCAAAGGAAACUUACUGAACUGUUAUGAAUUUGAGUGGGAUCCACAAAAGGAGUCCAAACUUUAUGUCAUUGUAAGUACUAUUAUGUGUGUGGAGAUACAUGUAGGUUAAGAUAUACAGUAACACUACUUUCAGUAAUUUUUGAAAGUAGUGUUACCAUAUACUGUAAAAUUCCGAAAAUAAGCCCCUCCAAAUAUAAGUCCCCCAAACCGGUAACGCAAAAAACCCUCUGUUAAAUCGCCCCUCCAAAAUAUAAGCCCCCCGGGGGCUUGUACGUGGAAAAUUGCCCUCAAAUACAAAGUAAAACAAAGCAAAAACGGUAAAUUUACUUCCAACUAUAAGGCUAACCCAAACGGUUUUGACACGCAAAUUUCCCUCCAUAGAUAAGCCCCUCCGAAGAUAAGCUCCUCCACAAAUAAGCCUGUCAAAAAGGGCCUUUGAAAAAUAUAAGCCCUGGGGCUUAUUUUCGGAAUUUUACGGUAUCUUAACUUACAUGUAUCUCCAGUGUUGGUCACUAACAAAAUCAAAGGCCCUCUUCAGGUGCUGAGUUAUUCAUGAGUCAGAACCAACACAUAACUUUGAAUUUAAGGACACAAAGAGGUUGGAGGUUUAUCUAAGUAGGAAUGGCUAUUCUGUCAUUCUUAUUAUCAGAGAGAUUAAAGAAUCAAGUUCAUAGCAAACAGCAAACGCCAAAGUUAACAUGCAACAACAACAACAACAUAAGCUUUAUUUGCAUGACUAUAACUAUGUAGUUACGGUAUUGCAAAAGCUUAAACAUAAAACAAACAAACAAACAAACAAAUCAUAACAAUGAUAAUGCAAUGCAAUGAUAACUAUAGUCAAUCAAGUGUCAUCAGCAUGAUUUUAUAACAUAACAUGCAGUUUCUCAAAAUUACGGAAAUGGGGAUAUAAAAUUUGUCCAAACUAAUUCUUAUGGAUGAAACUGGUGUGAAACUACUAUUACUUUUGUGUAGAUACAAUGAACAGUUAAUGACCAGUUCAUGUAAAGAAACUUGAUCUCUCUAUUUCAUUUCAUGUCUGUGUUGCAGAUCAACUGCGUUAGUUCAGAAUUCACUAAGGGGAAAAGUGGUAAGCAUAUUGGAAGAACAGAAUACACUUCCACCUGUUUGGAUGAUGAUGCAGAUUACAUGCUAUAAUGAGUUAUAAUCAAUAAAAUCUACCUCUACUCUUUCUCUGCAAACCAGGUUACUUUAGCACUGUGCAUAACUUUAAUCUGGCAUUUAGAGAAUCUGAGCAGAAGCCCUGCUCUUCAGACUAGAAUUCAUAGCCUUAACAGUGCUCUUAGCCUGCGAGCAAGCUCUCCUAUAUUUGGGCAAGCAAAGCGAGUUUUGUGUGGCCAGGCCAGCAAGGGGCUUGCACGAUCUCGCGAACCUCAUUUCACUUGCCCAAAUAGGAGAGCUUGCUCGCAGGCUACAGUGCCCUAGGCCUUCUGUAAAUGGACUUUUAAUCUUGCUCAAUUGUUGUCUGAAGGCUCAUCAAUCCUUUGCACCGUAAACUCUCUUACUAUCGAGAUACAACAUAGUGAUGCUGUGGUUACAAGAGAAGGGGGAUACCAGCAGCAACUGUCACCUGCUUUUAUUCUUGAUUUUCAUGUCAGUUCUUAUCAGAAUAAUUGUCAGAGUAAUUGUCUAAAAAAACUACCUGCUUCAGUUUGCAAAGAUGACACUUAACUCAGAACUACUGAAACUGCUGAUCAUGGACAUUUAUUAUUUUAUUGUUUUAUUAUUAAUUAAGGUGGAGAGAGCGGUGUCCCAUUCAGGUUGCAAGUGGAUUCAUUUCCGCCCAAUUCAUCAACUGAUGUUCUACCAAUACAUAGCUCUGGCUGCCAGGUCAAGGUGUUUAAAGUAAGUUGAGUCCUUUUUAAGUCUGAAUACAUUUGUCAAAUUUUAAUACUUAAUAUAUCUUGAGUAAUAUAAUAUAUUUUACUCAAUAUGCUAAGAUUUAGUGGUUGUUAAUUAAGGAGAUGUUUGCUUAAGAGAAUCUAAUCACAGGGCACUUCCCCUGAGGAACAGGUCUUGCACGGGUCCGACACAUGUACUAACUUAACAUGAGGAACUGAUAAUGCCAUUGCUUGCAUGUACUUUAGGCUUUAGUUUGAGGAUGACUUGCCAGACGCUUGAUAGCCUGUUCCAAGCGUUCAGAUAGUGGAGAGCGGUGCGGAGUAAAGAAAGCGAUGAAAAGUAGAGGAAAUGAAAAGUAACUUGCCCAUUACAAAAAUCUAGUUGCCACAGACAACCACAGAUGACUUUUUUCAAGCCCUGUUGACUGUUAUUUGUAGCUCAGAGCAAAGAGGUUCAAUUAAAGUUCAUGUUUUUUAUUUGUAUCGCUUUAGUCCAAAGGAGCAGACAGAAAGCACAAAGUGGAGAUGCAAAAGUUGGAACACAAGUCUAAAGAUGAGCUGGUGAGAUGGCAACCAUUUGAGUGUACCAAAGACAAUAAAUAAUUUUGCUGUUGUCACCUAAAUUUAGAAAAAACCAUCUCUUAUCAGUGAAGUGUGUGGAUAAGCUGUUUUGUAAGUGUUUUGAUUUUUAAUUUCGGUUUUAGGACCAGCUGAGAGCAGCAGUGGACUACACUGAACUAACAGAGGUAAUGUCAAAUCCAAACCCAGAGUUGCCUUGAAGAGUAAACGCAGGAAUAAAACUCAAAAGAGGAUUGUUUUCACGAGGUUACAUACAGAAAAGCAAGAUUUAAGGAAGGACAUUCUUGUUAGUAUGAGGAAAAGAUCAAGGAGUUUUGCAUAAUUUGGUGAAAAACUUAGUCUCUUCCUGUGGUGGAGCGUGAGUGGCAACACCAAAAUUGGUGGUGUGUAGAGUAGGAGAAUCUUGGUUCAUAGCAAAGUCAGUGAAAAGUUAGGAAGAUAGAUUUCCUUUGCUGUGUGCAAAUUUGUAGAAGACAUCUUCAUCUUGAGAAAACACUUAGUUGAACCGCAAAUUCAAAUUUUGCGAUCCGAAACGCAAUGUCGGUGAGAACUGUUCAUCGGUCAGAACAAACUCUGGGAUUUUUUUUACCCUUUAAAUCGCAACCCUGCAUUAAUUCAGCGUGAUCACAAUAUAUAGAUAUAUCUCUCAACAAACACUGAUGAUGUGUACUUUGCUGCCUUUUCUAGCUGCCACUUAGCAAAGAAGAUGACAACAGUUCUUGCUGGAUGUCACCGAGGUGAGCUAUUUGCGGGUUUGACUCCCGGUGACUUCUCAUUUCUUUGCCUAGCCUGCGAGCAAACGCGUCUUCUGUUCACGAUAUCACCCAAAUGGAGAGCUUCCUCGCAUGCUUUUCCUUUCCUUGUCUUGUUAAUAAUAGUCUGCGAGCAAGCUCUCCUGUUUGGGCGAACGAAACGAGCCGCGCGAGAACACGCGAGCGAGCGAGCUCCUCUCGCGUGCCUCUCGCGCAUCUACUUUUCACUAUAUCCCCCAAAUGGAGAGCUUGCUCGCAGGCUAUUGUUUAUACCGCUAUAGUCUCGCCAUUUCACUCUCAUGGGUCAUGUUUUCAGUUACGGUCACACUAAAAGGACCACAUGACAGGGUGUCAGGGUCAUUUUAUUCACUAAAACACUCAACAGUAUCCAUUUCAUGUUAAGUGUAGUGUAAUAAUAUUCAGGUCGUUAGCUGGGUCCAUGUCUUCACCUACUUCAGCUUGUCAAGUGAUGUCGACAUCAAGCUCUGUGUUAUCGAGCCCAUCCCUACUGUCCAGCCCUACAAGCACUGGAAUAGCUGCGGUCUCGGUAAGUCACAUUCAUUGCACACAGUAAUACAGCAAAAAAGUUAUAGGGUUUUUUUGGGACAGUGAGUUCCAUACGACCGAAGCUUAUCCUGCUUUCAGUAGCAUGAAACACUGUAUGUGUUACUACCCCCUCCCCCCCGCUUCCUAGAGGGGAUGCAAGUCCUCCCUUCGAGGCGUAUGUCUCAGACACCUUAGUUGAAGACAGGAAAAAGUGCAGCAACGGUUUUUGUCUAAGGUUUUUAUCUAAGUCCACCGGCCGAGUCUCCGGAUAUUUUCGAACCUGCAACUUUUUCUUACGUCUAGAUAAUUAUUGUUCUUACCAGUAAAAAGAAAAAAGGAGUAGAUAAGUGUCAUUGCUUUUCUGCAUCGGACGUUCAGGUUAGUUUAAAGUUUUUGAACAUGUGGAUGACUCAAUUAUUAACAGUUGACUACUCAGGAAGCAGAAAAUGUGCGCACAGUAGGCGCUGGCUACUCUGCAGGGAUACAGAAGGAUGUCUUUAUGUAAGGGCGUUGUUCUUUCCUCUGUAGGAACUUACAUCUGAGUCAACUGUUGAGGAAACAAGAGUCUGGCUGCAGAAUAACAGAUUUCAGAACUACCUAACCAUGUUUGUGAAUUACACAGGUUAGUAAAGUUAAAAACUUCAUUUCAAGAGGGUGGCCCAUUCAGCUCGAGGGCUGGUCUCCAUAGGGGCUCUGCGUCUUAAAAAAGCACCCUACAUUAAGAAUUUGUAAUUACACUCAAAAAGCCUAAAAAUACAAUAUUAACAUUUACAAAUGUCUUUUAAAACCCUAAAAAUAUUAUUAAAUUCAAAGAAAAACGCGAAUAAGAAUUACGAUAGGAAAGAAUGCCUUGCUCGGCGGCAGAAAGUCUGUACGUUCUCAGCGUUUUCAAUGUUUAACGGGAGUUCACCAAAAACAAAACGGAAAAAAAACGAAAACCUAGCGAUAUAGUAGAAUAUUUUUCAGAAAACAGAGAAGUUAAAGUUGCUAAAAAUAUCCAGGUGCUUAUACAUGUAAAUGUCAACACAACACCAUAAAACAGUUGUGUAGGAGCUGCUCGGAAGGUCUCUUCUGAUUCCCAUAAAAGCAUGCUCCUGACAUAGGCUGUUUCCUCUACGGAAUUAUAAUGAACUUGUUUUGACCAAUUAAGUGCUCGCAUUAUUUUAUUUUUAGCAUUUUAUAAUCGAACUGCAACAUCUGUACCGUACGAUACGAUUUGAUACCUUAAAUUACAACUCGUUAUUUAAAAGGGUAGCUUACGAGCAUAUUAGCCUUUCAGUUUUCUAUUUUAUGGCCUUCAGAAGUCAAGCUCAGGAUUUCUUUUGUUUUGACAUAUAUCCUCUCUUGGCUUAAGUUAUAAGUUCUUGAUUUCUGCCAAGAUGCUGAUGUUAAGGAUCUUAGUUAGGCCACAUGGUAGCAUUGUAAAUGUGCAUUGUAAAUAGUAAUUGCUUUUUUUAUUUAUUUUGUAGGAGCGGAUCUUUUGAGAUUAACCAAGCAAGACAUGAUUCAGAUCUUAGGGCCAGCUGAUGGUAUUCGCCUGCAUAAUUCACUCCAAGCCAGGUGAUAUUUAGACUGUUCACAGUCCUCUUUUUCCCGUAGCUUGAAAAAACUGCCGACAUAUCUCGACGCCACCGGUGGUUUCCCUGCGAAAUGACGUGUGAGAAACGAGCGCAGAAAGUCCAUACUGAUGACGUGUCAUUACAAAGAUCUGUAUAGCGCUUCUCAUUGGCUGAAUCGUUUUCAGCCAAUCAGAAGGGUAAUGUCGGCUGUUUUCUCAAGCUAAUUUUUCCGUUACACUGUUCGCAGUCCCCUAUUUUUUCUCGCCUCCCUCCCCCAGCGCUAUAAACUCCGACGCCCGCCCUCUCGGUACAUAAGAAACCGAAAUGGCCGCCGGUACCGGUCAGCGCGCGAUCCUGACGAACUUACGAAAAAAUAGGGGACUGUGAACAGUCUAGGUAAUUGUGCUCUUAAGCAGUCGCGUCGAUACAGCGCUAAUAGGGACUUAAAGAUCCAACGACGCGGACGACAACAAGAACGUCAAAAAAACAAUUGGUUUAAUUAGCAAAACAACAACUUCGCACGUGCAUCACACUUUUUUGUACAUGUCUUUCCCGUUUUUGCACGACGACGACGUGAAAAUGCCUAAUUUUGCGUUUUAUGGAGGACGUAAACAAGCAACGACGAAAUUUUGUUUCUCUUUCUGAGCUUGAAUUUGAUCUCUUGAAAUUCAGCUUCAGGAGGGUUCACCUACAAUUGACUAAGUAAGGGUGUAGGAAUAAUCGCUAUAAAGACUGAAAGAACGCAAAUUCACUUUUUUAAGCGACGUUCUUGUCGCUCUCGCGUCGUUGGAUCUUAAAGUCCCUAAUACGCACAAAGCGUCGCACUGUUUUAUGAUUGGUCAAACAUUGUUUGCUCGUUGGGCAAACAAGAUGUCGGACAAAAAUGGCUCGACAAUUUUUAGUCGAAGUUUAAGUUGUGUAUUUAUUAGGUAAAAAAAAAGAAAGCAACGACAUCAAUAUAGGUGGUUUUCACGUUACGUCAUCGCCGCCAUGCUGGUGGACUGUAAACAAAAGAUCGCUCAUUAGCUUGCUUUGUUCGUCCACCAGCAUUUGUUCAUUUCACCAUUGUUAUUUGUGUCUCCCGAGAUUGCAUGAAAACCACCUAUACGUCAGCUUGCGGAAUGCCUGAAGGGCACAAGGUUGCUUUUUGUCAGUAAUACAUCAAACACAGACAUCCCCCGAUAAUGUGUUGAAAAAAAGGAGCAGCUAAGAUUUUUUUAGCCAACUUCUAAGGUUUUGGAAAAAUUCGUUGAAACAAUCCUUGAAGUAUUUGUCAUAGUGUCUCAACGAUCCGUUAAUGUUUAAGAAAUCUAAAGUUAACUUUUGCGAUAUAAUAUCACGAAGUUCGUGAUAAUAUGGAACCGAUUAUGGUCGGGAGUAAGGGCGUUAAUGUUGGGCUGCACGCAGACGUCGUUUCUUUUUCUUUUCGAAAUGGACAAGCACGCAAGUGAAACGAGGUCGCGAGAGUGAGCUCGAAGCGCGGGAACAAGGGUGGAGCGCGAGAAAGAAAAGGAAAGAACGACCGUCUAUUUUCUCUUUUCCCCAACCCUACCCCCUUGCGCUAGUGGUCUAUAAACCCCUCGCGGUUUUUGUUUUCAAACGCGCGCUCGACGAUCUCUAGAAAGAAAAUAGUGGGUCCGUGAACAGGUUACGUUACUGGGUAUCUGGGCCCGUGCUCGUAAUCAGCUCGCAAGACAGGCUGGUUCGAAUGUUGCAUUAACUGGCCACGGUUUUUUGAACUAUUUUCAGAGCUGCCCGUCCACUUUUAACGAUGUAUAUUUGCCUGGAUUCCGCCCAGCAGAACUCAGGAAUGAAGGAGUACUACGCCAUGUAUCUUGAAGCCUUAAAUCUGGGUGAACUUCGAAAAAAGCUUGCUCUGAAAUGUAAUCUGAGCGUGGAACAGCUUGUGGCCAUUUACAGGUAAGCAAGUAUAGUUGAGUCGUAUCAAGCGAAAAUGCUGAGCUGGAUUUUGGUACGUUGUAGUGAGUUAAGCGAAAUUGGUUGUAGCACUCACGAUAGAAUCCUUUAAUCCUUUACUCAAUUUCCCAUUAAAACAGUAAUGUCUAUACUAGAAAUUUGUCUAGAACAGGCAACAUACACGCCUUACCAUUUCACUUCUGGAGGGCUGUUCUUCCAUUAGACCGCGAGUAUAUUAAUUCUCGCACCUUACAAGUUUAAUUCACGGAAACAAAAAAAAUUUCCUUCAUAGACCUAAUACGGCUCUUGGAGAAAAAGCUUAUCAUUAGGGAGCGUGCGAAACUGAUGAAAGCAAAGAAAGGAAUAAGCUUGCUAAGCAAAACAACAACUCUUUAUCGAUCUGCACAUGCAUCAAACUUUUUGAUGCAUUUUUCGCCGUUAUUACACCACGACCACAACGUGAAAUUUCCUAGCAAGUACAGUACUUCAAACUUUGAUGUUUUUUUUUUUCCCGGAUGGAUUAACAUUCCCUGCCGAUGUUCGUAGGUUUGUUUCGUCUUGUUGUUUGUUUUUUGUCAGAAUGUUUUGUUUUAAUAUACCUUGCAGAACGUGUGUAUUUUUCUCCGGGUGAGCGACCAGUUACCGUCAGUGUUUGUUUUUGUGGAGUCGCCAUCUUAAAUUUUGAAACUAAGCAGGGGAAGAUUGGGCAGUUACAAAAUGUGAUCAGUAGGGUGGGUAUAAGGUGUUCCCCGCCCCCUCUCCCUCCCCCUUUCUUACCUCCUGGGACUUGUGUCUGACCACAAUCUGAGCGAAUUUUAGUGCUCGUCCCUCCUCUCCCACAGGCUACCCUCAACACAAACGCACCUGGUACUUUACAGUUUACUUAACACUCUCGUUGUCUUUUAGACAAGGUCCGACAGGAAUAUACAUACUUGUGGAUGAUGAGGUGAGAAAAGAUUCUGUCAACAAUUUGUCCUCUAAGUGUUUAUACCGUAGACUUUAUCACAAGUUGACAAUUUUUUUUAGUGACCAAGUCGCGAGGCACAACAAUAGCAACUACACUUGGAAAUUACACUUGUAAAAGCUUCAUCAAACUGACCUCUUUUUUCUCGUUUGUCGUCAAAGAUAGUGGAGUAUCACACGCACCGCGCGAGCCGCCAGGCCGCGAGACUCACUUCUCGCGUUUGUCCAUUCGCGGAAGACACAACUUCUAAAACCCAAGUGAUAACUCUGCAUUAUUUUUCACAAAACACGAAGUGAAAAGUAUGAUUGGCUUAGCUUCAUUUCAUACCCAAAUAUGCUGACCUAUUCUAGUCGAUUGUAGUCGCAUUUAUCAUCUGGAAGUUGGCAAAAAUUAGUCGCCGCUUAUCAUUUUCUUUUGACUGACUACUGCAAGGUUUCAUACGAUCCCGGAAAUCCUGGCAAGAGUUUUUUAGUCAUAGAUUAUUCUUUUUUAUUAAAAUCCAACUAGUGGUCUAUUAUCAAUGCUGCGUUCUGAUUGGUUGAGCUACUACUAGGCUAUAUGUUAUAGCCCACUAGUAGCGAAAAGCGCCGGCUUUGAAGACCAAAACAGUGGCGGCUGAAGCGCGUUUUGCUAGCUAAAGUUGUUUUGGCUCGACAUUUUUUACCAACUAGUUGGAUUUUACUAAAACAAAUAUUCCUCUCGCCUUCAUGGGCUCUGAGUCAAUAACCCAUUCGGCCUUCGGCCUCAUGGGCUAGUGACUCAGAGCCCAUUCGGGCUCGAGGAAUAAUUGUUUGAUAUUCCUCUUUUCAGCCGUCUAGGCUUCGUUUGCUUGCGCAACUCCAAAAUGACGCCGAAAGUUCAAUCUACAGAAAAGAAAAAUAAAUAGAAAGAAUAUUCUGGCAUUUUCCUAACUGGAUCUUCCUGGAAAAUUGCAGCUGCUGGAUUGCAAGAACAAUAAUUAAUGUGCAUUUUCAAGCCUCGCAAAGGUUCUGGAAAAUUGUUUUCAAACAUUGAACGCUACAAUAUGUAGUAGACAACUAGAAAGCAAAAAACAAACCUGGCAUUGUUACUAUCUUUAACGUUCUAUUUUCCUGGGCUGACUGUUUCUUUUUUUGAUUCUAGAUGGUGCGGAAUUUUGUGGACGAAGGGCAUUUUAUUGUGCAUCUCGUACGAGGUGAAUACGUUGUUGUAAACAACCAAUAAUCCGUUAAAUGACCUGUUAAAUCUUAACGCAGGAUUUCACGGCUUGCCUGUCUUGGCGCCUUUCAAAGAAUGCCGAUAAUACAGCUGUAUGCCCAAAACUAUUUCAAUCUAAGCUUUGUCCUUAAAAAUUUUAUAAUUAGUAACUCUGGAAAUCUCACUUCAGAACAGUAUAGGGGAACAUCGAAACCUUUAACUAUAUGUUUGUUUGUUUUUUGCACUACUCCGUGGUUUCACCAAGGGAACUGUUCUGUGUGUAUUGCAACAAGUGCAACAGUAUUUGGGAAAGAAGGAUACGAUUGGAAUUAAGGGCGGUGUAUUUUCUACCAAUUUUUUUUUCUGAGUCUACAUUUUAUGUUUUUCGUGAUAUUUUGUGUGAGAAAUCGUACAGUAUGUACUGGUGGGCAAACUGAGUACUUCUUUAAACCAGACAGGUUAAACUGCCAGUAAGUAGCUCCUCAUUUACUUCUCUAAGCGGUAAAGUCCACUGGGUUGGCAAGUUCUUUUUCAAGAACAAUCUGGGCACUAAAGUUUGAGCAGUCUAAUAUUUUUUUUUUCUUCAGUUGUGAGUCCUAUUACUUUCUUACAAAACGAGACUACUGGCAUACUGUCUCUAAACUAACUUCUUCUUUUCUUUUAGACGAGGAUAAUACCUAUCAAAUCAUUUUAAAGUGAAUCAGCGGUCAUAAGAGAAAUAGUAAAAAAAAAAUAUUGAAAAAUGACCUUAGAGAGUUGGUAUCCCUGUGAUGCUGUGGAGUAUCUUUGGAUUCAAUUGCUUGUGAAAAUAACCAUAUAAAACAAAGAUAUUUAUGUGAACGAUGAACAUGCAAACAGCUCCGUUGUUCGCAGUUUACAAAGGAAAACUCGCCGUUACAGAAAGAAACAUAGUUCAGUGGUAGAGGAGAGCCGGGAAAUUUAUCCAAAUCCGCACUGGGACCUCAGCAAAGAGCGUUGUAGACAACACGUUGUGGGUAAUAAAGAUCAUCGUAGUUAUAACACUGGUAACAGUGUAAAAACUUUGUUGUAAAGAUAUAAUGGAGGUACAACUGAAUGCCGUGAGAUAUUCAGAAAACUGAGUGAGCCAACAAUUGGAACCCGCUGGAAACCAGCCCAUUCAUCAUUGUUACAACAUUGGCUUAAAGGUUAAGCGUUGAAAAAUCUUGUCAGCUAAUUGACUGCCGACCCCAAUGAUGGGCCAACAUUGUGGGAACAAUGAAUUAACCUUGUUGUCAAGUUGUCCUAGAGGUGUAUGAUUUUGUUUUCACUAUACGAGUGUCUGAUGUUAAACAAAUGUCGAGAAUCAAGACCAUGUUUGCAACAAUAGAAGACAGUACCAUAUUAUUGACUGAUGACUGAAUGUCAUCACCUGCGACACUUUCCGUUGGAAUCCUUUAAGCCCGUAAACGUCAGACGGAUAGUUGUGGUGGUUUCGUAUUAAACUCAGUUAAGUGUCCAGUCAGUCAGGGGCAAGAGACGCAAGGUUAUAAAGCCAUGAUUGCAACAGCGUGCUUGCCGGGUGAUGUCGGUGUAAAAACUAAGUCUAGUUCAUUUUAAGAAGCCUGUAGACACUUUUAAGUAACAUUUUAAUUCUACGUAAAACACGAGGUGAAAGUUCCCCGCGGAGGCUUAGUGUAUGGCAAAAUAUUUAACAAUUAUUCCUCGAACCCGAAUGGGCUCUCAGUCAAUAACCCAUGAAGCCGAGGGCCGAAUGGGCUAUUGACUCAGAGGCCAUGAAGGCGAGAGAAAAAAUUGUUUUAGUAACAUCCAACGAGUUGGUUAAAAAUACAGAGACAAAACAACUUUAGCUAGCAAAACGCUAUUCAGCCGCCAUUGUUUUGGUUUGCUUCCAUUCACACCAAAGCUAUAUUGACGCAGCUUUUUUGAAAAAGCUUAAACGUGGUUUCAAACAGUCUUCUCCGUAGAAUUAAAUACUGUAAGAAUGUUGGUGGAAUUGCAAUAAGUGCAAUUAAGUUAGAACUUAGUUUGGUUUUACUAAAGCUUCGGUAAAAAGCGGAACAAAAACUUGGAAUUUGUGUUGCAACAUUGCUGGAA